AUGACCAAGCUAUGCCCAAGAUGGAACUUUCACUCCAACCACCAAUCUGAUGAGGAUGGAAGGAUUAUACUAAUCUGGAAACAUCCCAUUAAACUCCGUGUUCUCCACCAGAGUAGUCAAAGCAUCACGAGCAUCAUAGAAUUACCAAAUUCUGAGCCACUCUACUACUCGGCUGUGUACGCAUCAAACCUGUCUGCUGACCGGUCAGAUCUCUGGGCUGAACUGAUGUAUCUCCAUGACACUUAUGAUCUACAACAUAAUCGAUGGGUUGUUGGUGGGGAUUUCAACCAAAUCAUUAUGCCAACAGAGCACUCUUCACACUCUGUGGAUGCCCAAGACACUCAAAUGUACCAAUUCCAAGACUGUCUGCUGCAGAAUGGUCUUUUCGAUCUGAGAUAUAACGGUCCUGGCCAUACGUGGACAAACAACCGGCAAGACAUGCCAAUAGCAAAGAAGUUAGACAGGCUGCUUGUUAACUGCAACACAAUCUCAGCCUACCCUCAUGCCGUAGCUACCUUCCUACCUCCGUCUAUCUCUGACCAUGCACCCUGCCUCCUAGAUCUAGCCGUUCAACUACCCAAAGCAGGAACCCAGCCUUUUAAAUUCCAAAAUUAUCUAACCAAACACCCGGAGUUCACCUCGGUAGUUCUCGAUGCAUGGUCUCGGGCCGGAAGCAACUUCUGGACUCUCACUCAACAUUGUACAGGCCCUUCAGAACCCAACGCCACAACUGUUUCAGGAGGAGAGAGACUUACACGAUCGAUGGAUCUUCCUGAGGUCCGUGCAAGCUACAAUGCGAUCCGUCUCUUCAUCACAGAUGCAGGAAUUCUGAUCACCGAUCCUAUCGAGAUGAGUCAACUGGCCAUCAUGCAUUUCCAGUCUGUCCUAGGUCCUCAGAACAAUAUCUCGCAGCAAAUCAACUCCCCCCUUCCUGGCCCUGAUGGACUUACCUCUGGUUUCUUCAAAGCAAGCUGGGACAUUCUAGGGGAAGAGGUCGUUGCUUCAGUUCAACAUUUCUUUGCAGCCUCUUUUCUACCUGCAGCGGCAAAUGCAACUAUCCUCUCUCUUGUUCCGAAGUUUCCAGGAGAAAGCAACAUCACAGAAUACCGGCCAAUAUCCUGCUUGAAUACGGUGUAUAAGGUUAUCUCAAGGCUACUAGUGGCUCGACUCAAACCCAUCCUACCUAAUCUAAUCCUUCCUAGUCAAACUGCUUUUGUGAAGGACAGAUUACUUGUGGAGAAUACUACUCUAGCUAGUGAAUUGGUCAACGGGUAUCACAAGAAUAAAGGAGAAAAGAGAACUACCAUUAAAGUGGAUAUCGCUAAGGCGUUUGACACUCUCUCUUGGGAUUUCCUCCUGUCCUGUCUCCAGGGGCUUCAACUGCCGCCAAAGUUCUUUUCCUGGAUCAAAGACUGCAUAUGCACAACCAGUUUCAUGGUGGGGUAUAAUGGUAUGGUUAAUGGUUAUUUUAAGGGAAAGCGCGGGCUCAGACAAGGAGAUCCACUAUCUCCUUACCUCUUUGUCAUGGCUAUGAACUGUCUAUCGAUGAUGUUGAAUCAAGCAGCUGCAAAUGAAAGGAUAAACUAUCAUGAUAAAUGUGAUGCAAUGAAACUUACCCAUUUAUCUUUUGCAGAUGACUUACUGAUAUUCAUUGAUGGAUCUUUGAGGUCUGUCCAGAAUGUGCUACAGGUACUAAAGGAGUUUGAGUUGAGAUCGGGUCUUGCAGUCAGUUUCCAAAAGACAAGCUUCUAUGCGUCGGGGCUAACAGAGCAAGAAAUAAAUACCAUCCAUGCUUCGACGGGCAUGGUUAAUGGCUCGCUUCCUUUCAGAUAUUUGGGAGUUCCAUUAAACUCCAAAAAGCUCUCAUUGGCAAACUGCGAACCACUGCUUCAUCAAGUUAAAAACCGCCUCUCAUCUUGGUCUGUCAAGACUCUCUCUUUUGUUGGACGCCUGCUUCUCAUCAAAACUGUCAUAGCCGGGAUUACAACUUUCUGGUGUUCUGCCUUUAUACUCCCUAAAGCCUGCAUAAAAAAUAUCAAUUCAAUGUGCAGUUUCGUCCUUUGGAAAGGAAACUUAGAAGGCCACCAUUCCGCCAAGGUAGCGUGGGAGAAAGUCACACUCACCAAAGAUCAGGGAGGGCUAGGCGUUAAGGACCUACUCAUUUGGAACAGAUCCUGCACUUUGCGCCUCAUAUGGAUAAUUUUCUUCCGUGAAGAUUCGGUUUGGGCGUCUUGGUUCAAGGAAGUGAUCCUCAAUGGCUCCUUGCAUAACUACUGGACAAUAAAGCCUAGUCACAAGUACUCUUGGUUAGUAAACAAACUCAUCAAGUUGAAGACAGUAGUGUUUCCUUUGAUCAAAAUGAGGCUCGGAAAUGGACAGUCGGCUCGUUUUUGGCUGGAUAACUGGGCCCCUGAUGGCUGUAUCUCCUCACUGCAGGCUCCCUCCGGCUCACGCCUAGUUAUCCCUCUGCACGCUACCAUUGCUUCUCUUAACAGAAAUGGAAAUUGGCACCUUCCUCCGGCACGAUCAGAAGCGAUGUUGGAGCUGUACACAUUCAUUACCACAAUAGUCUUAACUGAGGAGCAUGAUUAUUAUGAGUGGGAAAUACAAGGAAAGGUCAAAGCGAAGUUUAGUACUGGAGAGCUUUAUACUUACUUGAUUGGAGAAGUACAAGACCAAGACUGGGCGCCGGUUAUCUGGUUCUCACGCUCCAUUCCAAGACACUCUUUCCACUCAUGGCUGAUGAUCUUAAAUAGAUGUCCAACCAAAGAUAGGAUGCUUCAGUGGGGACUCCAAGUUGACUCGACUUGCCUCCUCUGUAAUGCGCACUCGGAAUCAAGGAACCAUCUCUAUUUUGAUUGCUGCUAUAGUUUCGAUCUUUGGGCAUUGAUAGCGCAGAGAUGCAGGAUCACUCCUAGGCAGAACUGGGAUGAAACGGUUUCGCAGAUGAAAGCGCUCCCGUCGCGAAAAGUAGACCGCCUCUUGACUCUUCUCUCAUGGCAGGCUGCUCUUUAUUGGAUUUGGAAUGAGCGAAACUCUCGCAUGCACACCAACGUUUUUCGAUCGGUCGACGCAAUCUUCACAAUCAUUGAUCGCCAAAUCAGAAACAAAACACAAAGCUUCAGGGUCUCAAAUCCCAAUCUCUCCUCUGCUAUGUUCCAACGAUGGAUUGAAACUCCUGCUUCAUCCUCUUCAUCGUGA